AUGAUAAUAUACAAGAUAUUAUUAAUGCCAGAAAUUCAAUGAAACGCGCAUCAGAAGCUAUGGCUAUCAAAUAUAAAAUAUCAACAAGGCGUGUAUAUCAAAUAUGGAGAGAAAAUCAUCCGCCAAUAGAUCCUAGAGAAGUAGUAUCACAACCAAUUAAUAUAGGGUCGAUAUCAUCAUCGAAAAAGGCUAGUCAAAAAAGUAAAUUGGCUUCAAAGAUCGAUGAGCUUGAACGAUUAAAAUCAGAUACUACAUCGGCG